AUGGACGGGUUCAACGAAUACCGGACUAUACGAGUCGCCGAGGUCCUCUCCGACUUUCGGACUCUCCAGUACUACAUCGCUGCGGCGCCUACGGAUCCUCCCAAUAUGGAGGACUAUUACACCGAGGGGUGGGCAGCUUUGCGCCAGUGCUCUCUUGACGGGCAGCACGUCCUCAACUGCGCCGCCGACACCAGUGUUCCGCAGGCAAGCGGCGGGCCGCUUGAGCAGGAGAAGGCGGAGUUGAAGCAGUUAGUCGCUGGUGCCCAUCGAUCGCGACAUGCGCGCCUCAAGUACUGA